AUGCUUUGCACACGAACACGCUUUGUUUACUUUGGUUUUGGUCGUCCUGUUUGUUUCCCCGUGGGCUUGGUUAGCCUAAACUUGAAGUUAUCAUAAAUAUUAUUAAUAUUAAUAAUGAUGUCCAUGCGAAAACGUACCCAAGUUAUGGAAGAAUUCAUCAAACUUUACGAAUCACUUCCCUGUUUGUGGCAAGUUAAAAAUAAGGAAUAUCGUAAAAAGCAUUUAAGAGAGGCUGCUUAUAACAAACUUCUUGAAAAACUGAGGGAAAUUGAGCCCGAUUCAGAUAGGGAUUACGUAGUAAGAAAAAUAAAUUCUUUUCGAAGCUGUUUUAGAAGAGAAUUACAAAAGCGCAAUUCUUCAAUCAGAUCAGGAGCAAGUGGAGACGAUAUUUACAAACCAAAGUUGUGGUACUUCGAUCUGUUCUACUUCCUAGAAGAAUACAAUUCUACAAAUGACAGUUUUGAUGAUAUCGAGCUUACUGAGAACUGGAAUGAGGACUCACUCCAAGAAGAGACUCUAAGUGAAGAAUCAUUCUCAAUGCAUCCCAGUCCUGUAAGCCGUACACAAUCAGAAUGUGAAGUGCCUCUCUCCUCAUACAGGCCUACAGCAAAACGAUUGAGAACCGACGUACCAACUAGCAAAUUGUACAUAGUUUGUGAUCAUGCUCAGAAGAGCUCUUCUCAGGUAGAAGACCGCUAUGACCUGCUGGGCAAGUCUAUCGCAUGCAGGAUUAGAGCUUUAGAUAAACGUGAGCGACAGAUUGUUGAAAAAAACAUUAAUGACAUUCUUUAUGAAGCAGAAAUGAAAGUUCUUGACGCGCCUACACAUCAAUACAACUUCGACUGCACAAUUAAGGUCGAUUCACACAUUUAGGACUGGACUCGUAUCUGACUAGUGUCGUACCGUGUUGGAUGGAAUCUUUCAAACGGUAUGUGCAUUUGAACAACACGGAGACGGUCGUGAUUCACUUCGAUAGGACUUUACCAGUGAUGGACUAUGACUGGACCGCUUUUAGAGCGAUCUUUCAAGGACACGAUCUAUCACAGUCUGAGUCCAGUCCUACAUGUGUGGAUCAGCUAAGGACUGCGCUACGAGUUUUGUAUAUGUAUAUUGUUUGUACUUGCCAAGAAGAAGAAUAGAGAUGGUUUGAAUUUCAAUUUUGCGACGCACACAGACGUCCAUCAGUUUUCAUAUGUCUACUCACGUCUGAAUGCUGGUAUUUUAAUUUUUUCCAUCUGUAAGCAUAGUUGUGAGCGUUCGAUUUACUCAGACGGACAAGCAUUACGUCAUAUCAGCAUAAACAAUGAGAAUAUAUUUCGUUAUUCUAUAAUACAUUUCAAGGAAACAUUAAUAACAACAGUCCAGUCGU